AUGGCGUCGCCUUCACCCUCAGACGCGCCAGAGCACGAAGACGCAACCUUCGUCGCGCUCCCCUCCCGCGUGCGCACCAAUAUUGACCGCGCCUUCGACAAAGCCAUCGGCGUCGCAUCCACAACUACAACUACAACAGCACCCCUAGCCCCUGGCCCGCGCCACCCUCCUAUCCCAAACGCACGCGCUGCGUCUCCCGAAGCAGGCGGAUUCCUCGUCGACGAUGACGCCGACGCGGGGGGAUUUCUCCUCGACGACGCGCCGGGCGGUUUCGUCCCCGACCCAGACACGCACGGCGACGGCGGCGGCGACGGCGGCGGUUUCGUCCUCGACGACCCGGGCGCCCCGCAUGCGCCCCACACCAUCCCCCCGCGCCCGUCCCCCGUGCGGUCCUCUGCCUCUAUCUCCGCCUCUGCCUCUUCCCCCACCUCCGCCUCCGUCUCGGGCGCGACGCACAUCCCGCUCUCCCGCAUCCCGCACGCGCUUCAGCUGCUCGACCUCCCACCCGCGGACGAGCAGAUCCUCACCGUCUUCCGCAACGCCGCGUCCGGGUGGCGCACUCGGGGUCUGCGCGCGGGCCAAGGGGAGGGAGAGGAGGAGGAGGAGGAGGGCGCGGGAGAGGUGGUGAGCAGGAGGGACUGGAGGGCGGUCUGUGCCGUGUUGCUCGAGGGCCAAGAUGAACAAGAUGGAAACGGGGACGAGGACGAGGACGUCGCCGCCAUGGAUGUGGACGAGGACACCGGUGACGACGACGACGACGCGGGGUCCGAAUCCUCCGACGCGUCGUCCGAUGCCUACACCGACGCCCCGACGCCCCGAACACGUGCCCGCCCCGCCAAACGCGCUCGCAAACGGCGAGCCGGCACCGACUCUCGCAGCCCACACCCCGCAAAGCGUCGCACCCGCACCCGCACCACCUCUCGCCAGUCCCCCGGCCCCCGAUCCCCCUCCCCCACCGGCCCCCGCCCGCCGACCGCCCGCCAAAAGCGUGCCGCCCUCGCCGCCUUCGCGCUCUUCUUCCCAGACCCCUCCGGCGCGCCGCCGGACCCCGCCGCGCCCGCCCUGCAGACCAAGCGGCUCGGCAUCGCAGAGAUCCAGCGCGCGGCCGGGCUUCUCAGGGAGAAGAUCAAAGCGGACGAGAUGCUCGAGAUGCUCGCCGCGUUCUCUACCGCGCCCGACAAGAGCAUGAGCCUCGCCGACUUUGAGCGCAUGAUGCCGUACGCGGUAUCAGGGAUAUCCGAGACCAUGCGCAUCGCCUGUGUUGAAGGCAUCCGUUCGCCACGCGUGUAUGCGAUCGUCCCCGUCGCUCGCCGCAUCCUCGCUAGAUUCUUCACCCUCGCACCCUCACACAGCCUCAUUAGAACGAUGUACGUAGCAUAG